AUGGACGAAACGUCCUUUCGAGCUCACUUCCGCAUGGUGUCCGUGAGCUUGUUGCUGUCGACGCUCGCAUGGUGGCUCGCUGUUGCGGGCGGCGCGCAAGUCCCGCUGGUCAACCCGGCCGAGCCGGCCAGCGUGCGGUCAAGUUGGACAGACGCGCCAUCUCCCGACUCGACGGCGGCCGACAUCUUCUCCUCGCUGAGCGGCCUGCUUCAAUUCUGGCCUAAUACCAUUUUCCGCACCGGUCAUACUGUCGUUCCAGCUACGAUCCCCGCUGGCACAAUCCUCCACCACGGCUCUUUCUUCCCAAACGCCACCGUACCCACCUCAUUUGAAUGGCUAGCAUUUGACUUCGAACACGCUUACAUCUUCUGCGCCUUCGAAUGUCAUGUCUUCAAGUUCGUGGCGAAUAGAGACCUCAAGCUCUUGUAUCUGGACGGGGCGAGCGCGGCAAAUUGGAUUGAGGCGAUGCAGACUAUCGAUGUGAUUCUGUACGGGGAGGUGCCGGAGCCAUCGAGGGAUUGGGAAGAGUGGCAGCGCGCAGAGGCGUUAUGCGAUUGGGGCGUACCACUAGGACUUGACGGAUUCAUCCGGAUGGAGUUUCACUUCGAAGUGAUAUUUUGUAACUUCACCAACGGCCUCACACUCCUCGAACCGCUUGCUGGGAUCCCCAAACAGCCGCCACCUGGCAUUCCGCAGAACGACUGGCCUGGUACCAACACCUCCUCUGGCUUACCAGACAAAUGGAUAGGCACCCAGCCCGACGCCGUGACUGUCUUCAUCCAGGGUAUGAUGGCAGGCGAAUGGCACGCGCGCUCACCAGGAGAGACCCGGGUACGGCCGCACCUCGAUCGCGCGGUCACGUUCUACGAUCCGAGCUUGGAAUCCUUGCGGGAAAGGCGGAGAGGUAUGCCGAGGACGAGACAUCGGUUGGCGGGCAUAUCACGAGAGGACGCGAGAGCCAAGGUGCAGGAGAUCGAAGAAGUGCUAGAGGCUUGGCGAGGUGAAGCCUCUUCAGGCAGCGGCGCGGAUUGGGCUAGCGCGAUGAGACAGGUCGAGGAACGAUACAGCUCGCGGUUGCUCGAUCUCAACUACACAUUGCACUCCGCAUCGUCUUACACGAACGCCAGCGCGCAAGCCGCUGCUAUACGGCGUGAUGUGCUCAUCAUGAUCUCUCCCUUCGUCACGACCGCAGAUGUCGGAUCUUAUUCGCCCAAUACGACGAGCUGGCUGGAUGCACCUAUGGAGCGCUGCAGUACAUUCGCGACGUCAGGCAUCCGUGCUGUUCUUUUCAAUCGGCUCACGCCUCAAGAGCGCAUCGCACUUGACGCUAUUGAAGGGACGCAAGCGGGCAUAUGCCGUGUUAUUGGCCUUAUAUGGCUCGAUGCGUUCGGAGUAGAGAAGACUGGUGAAGGAAGGGCGAAGGAGUUGAUGCCGCGGUGGAAGGCAUUGGUUGAUGAGCUGUUGGGAUGGUUGGACUGGACGAGUUUCAAGAGUUGUAGACCGGGAUGCGCGGCCGAUGAGAUAUGCUAUAUCACGACCUGGCCCUUCACCCUUGAUGGCGACGACCCUAGUGACUUAGAAUUCACCCCUAGAUGCGUCAGCAUACAUUCGAGGCGGAGAACGAGCCAGCCUCCGUCGGGUUGGCCACCCACACCACCUAAUGGGACGGAUAUGAUAGCCGAGGGGCUCACGGAGGCAUUGAAAGAAAGCCGGGCGCAUAGGAGAAGAAGGAUAGACUUGUAG